AUGGCCGCCGAGCAAAGAAAGCUGUUAGAGCAGCUGAUGGGCGCGGGGGCAUCAUCUCGCGCAGCUCAACUGUCAAUCACAGAUCCAAAGAUCUGCCGUUCCUUCCUCGUCGGCACCUGUCCUCACGAUCUCUUUACGAAUACAAAGCAAGACUUGGGGCCAUGUCCAAAAAUUCAUUCAGAACCUUUGAAGACGGAGUAUGAGGCUGCAGCCCCUCCCCAAAAACAAAAAUGGGGAUUCGAAUACGAUUACAUGCGUGACUUACAGAAGUAUAUCGAUGAAUGCAAUAGGAGGAUAGAUGUUGCGCAGCGACGCCUGGAGAAAACGCCCGAUGAAAUUCGACAGACGAACGCCCUGCUGAAACAAAUAUCUGACCUAUCGAAAUCUAUUGAGACAGGGUUGUUGGAGAUUCAGAUUCUAGGAGAACAAUCGGAGGUAUCGCGCGCCUAUGAGGAAUUCUUCCGCAUCAGACAAGCUAUGCAGACGAAAGUGGAGAAGGAAAAGGAGUUGAAGGCACUAUCAGACACCAGUGGACCUUCGGGACACCAGAAGUUACAAGUCUGUGAUGUCUGUGGGGCUUAUUUGAGCCGGUUGGAUAAUGAUAGGAGAUUGGCGGACCAUUUUUACGGGAAAAUGCAUUUGGGUUACGCGCAAAUGAGGAAGACAUACGACGCAUUUCCGAAAGAGAUGAAGAGGUCAAGACCUAUGGUAGAUGAUAUGGAUCACACCUCGGCGGUAAGAGGCUACGAUGGAGGAUAUGGCGACGGCGGAUACGGCGGCAGGGGGGGCGGGUAUGGAGGUCGUGGUGGAGGGAGAGGUGGCUUCAGAGGCAGGGGAAGGGGAUUCAGAGGUGGAUGGUAG